AUGAAUAACGAAAUCGUCCCUGAAGAGAUCAACAUGGUGAUCGGCCAGAUGAUGGAGAUCCUUGAAGGCGUGGACCGCCUUGCGGACGUUACCAGUGAGCAUAUCGAACGGAUAAAGCUUCUAGGCGAUGGGCCAAUAAUCAUUAACAAGUUCCAGACCUCGUUAGAAGAGUUUGACCAUUGGUCAAGCAGGGCCGGGAACGGGAUCAAGGAUGUAGGAUUGGUUGCAGGAUAUUUUGUUGUUAGAUAUCGCUAUGCAUGGAUUUUGGAGUGCCUACAGGACUUUAUAAACACCGAGCAAGUUGGGCAACUCAAAAAUUCGUUGAAUAGCCUUACCCUUCUGUCACAUUCCUUCAAAGUCAGGAGCAAGAGCAGUUUUCCGUACGGCGGUACAGAUACCCCUCAGCAUGAGCUUGAUAGGAUUCUUUCCGAAACCUACUCACUCAGGGCACCUUUCGUAGCACUCGAAUUUGCUAUCUCUGAUACACCCAGCCUUCUCCAGCAAAGCUCCACUCAUGUGCUGACAGGAAUCGACAAUGUGACCAAGGUUAUCACCAUGCUUAACUUCAUUCCACAGUCCGCCCAGAACACAUCCGACGAAGACGACUGGGGUCUCUGCGAGUCCGAAAUCCAGGAAAUGGAACACCACGAACUCUGCAUGCAUGCAUACAACUGGUACCACGAGCGGGGUAUCUGGCUGACCGAAGACUUCCAUAUGACCGUACACAGUUGGGAAGGCACGCGCUAUCACGAAUUCCCGGAGUCGUUCGACUUCCACUUUACUGAUUGGAUCGCUCCGGACACGAUUGAGGAUAUUAUGCGUACUGUACCGUCCCCCUUUGGUGCCAAUGGUGAAACAGUGUCUAUUACAUUGGCCUUUCCGCUGCGUCAACUGGUUGCUCUCUUGCAACAAAAGCGGAUGCAGGUUGAGUACGACAGGGUUGCGCUGUGUGUAGCGAAGAAGCAAGGCCGCCGCCGUAGCUAG